UUUUACGUUUUAACUAACUUAACGCAAUUAGUAAGGUGGAUCUCCGAUUGUGACGACGCUUGCUCAUCCUAAUCGUCCUUAACGCAACUCACAGCAUGUUUAAUGACAAGUAUCUGAUUAGUAUGAAUACAACGCGGCAUUUCUUUAGCGACGUUGGGUGGAUUAUUGAAUGUCAUCCAAAAUGAUUCGCUUCCCUAGGCGUUCUCCUUUUGGUCUCCGCCGUGCUAAGGAUACGCCUAAAACAGUUGUACUGACGCUUUUGUCUGCUUCUGCGUUUGUGUUCUUGGUUUAUGAUUCACGUUUGUCGAGCACACCUAAAAAUGCCGAAGGGAUGCCAGCGGAAGUGCGUACAGUCUGUAUUACCGAACAACCAGAAUCAGUCAAAGGAAAGCGGAACCGUCGUUUUCGGGGUCCAGAAAGCAUUAUAAUUUUAAUUGGGAAUUAUCGUGAUUCACGACGAUGUUCGGAAACACUGAAGUCGUUGUUUUCCAACGCAGUUAAUCCAGAUAAUCUAAAAGUUGCCAUAUACGACCAGAUCUACUUACAACAAGGAGAAGAGCGAUGCGUUGAUGUGUUCUGCAACCUCGUCGGUAAAAGCAAUUGUUUUCGAGACCAGAUCGUCAAUAAAACGGCGGACGCUGCUAACGCUACCGGUCCAACGCGCGCGCGAUACGAAAUAGAAAAGUUUAUAGGAGACGAACAAUUUUGUUUGUCCGUUGACUCCCACGUUACAUUUGUUGAUAGAUGGGAUCAGAAACUGCUGCUUGAUUGGUUUGCUCUAGCGAAUAAAAAGGCAAUUCUAACAGUAUAUCCCAAAUCAGCUCCCAGUUUGGUUGAUGGUGCUUCCGAUCAGGUUCCUUACAUGCGCAAUGCAAAAAUAGAAUCAGCCGAUGCAGACGCUAUGGUGCAGUACGGGUCGGCAGUUUCGAUAGCAAGAAUGCCCAAGCCGCGUAUAAUGUCGCAGUUUGCUGCUGGAUUCAAUUUUGGAAGCUGUGAGCACGCCAAGGAAGCCCGCAGUGACCCUUACACGCCCUUUCUAUUCCACGGAGAGGAGUAUUCCCGAGCUGCUCGUUUAUGGACACGCGGGUACGACUUCUACGCGCCUACACAGGAUAUUGUGUUCCACUGGUACGAGACCCGAAAAGUUGUCUGGGAGACCGACUGGGAAAAACGAUCCUUAAUACAGAAAAAGUCGCGCCGCCGAAUCCGUUGCAUGAUGGGGCUUAAUGUUUCCAGCCGUGAUUUUGAUGAGUUCGGGCUAAAAAAGUUUGGUUUAGGCAAACGAAGGACUUUCGCGCAAUGGCAGAACUUCACAAAGAUCGACCCAGGGGAUUCAUUUGAUGCAAGCAAGGAUCCUCAGUUCAGCAACUGUGGAGAACUAUCUUUGGUUCCGUACAAAUAACUAAUACCUAAGUAAUAAUUUUUCUUUAUAUGUUUUCGUACCGUCAAAGUUUACAGAAAGGAUUUGGCAGUGUACCAAAUACUACACUGCAGACUGACACAUUUGUAUUAUUUGAAUGUGAUAACAGAUUAACAACCAUGGUCUGCUUUCGGCUUCCUGAACAAGUUGCCGAAAAAUUAACGUAAGCACAUGUGUGCAAUCCAUACCUAAUUGUAUACAUGUGUUAAUUCGUUUUUCGGUAGAAAAUAAUUGGCCAGCCACAAAGUGUAUUUAUCUUCAUUCGCGAUUUCCGAUUUCGUUAUCUAAGCAGAAGUUCGAAUAAGUAUCAAUAAAUCUCUAAGACAGAAUCGUGCCU